AUGCCUGCAUCCAUGUUAUCGGAUGGCCUAGUGCAAUUACUAUGCUCAUCAAUCAUCCCCAAGGCAGACUUCACUCUGGCGACCGUCCCAUUUUCUAUGAUUGUCACGUCAUAUGUAAUCAUUAUCUUUUUACAAUCCUUUUUCCCGCCUACCUUACUCGUUGUAUGCCACGUUGGAGGACAACUCAUCGACUGGGAGCAAGGUUCGCGAACGCGUUCGCCGAACGGUUCACUGAACGGGCGAACAACCCACGGUCAUGUGUCCAUCCUCUGGCAUGGCUCACACUGGCAUACAGUAGUGGCUCACGCGCUCACGCUGUGCUUUGACCUGCCGCCCACCACCUCUUGUCUUCGUCACAUCCUUGUCAGCAACGGCAUGGACACCUUUCAACAUACUUAUUGUUAUCUGCUUUUGAAACCCACCCUGCAUCUUUAUACUAGGUCUGAUGACAAGAAGCCAAACAAGCGUCUUCCGGUCAACAUUCAUGAAUUCUUGAAGGUGUCUCUUAAGCUGGAUGAUGGCAAAGCCAAGUUUGCAUGGGAAUCACUACACUGUGUAGCUUGGGAGAUGGAACUGACAGAAGACGACUUGUGUUCCAUUGGCCGCCGUUAUCUACAGUUAUUUCUUGAUCAUGGUAUCUCGCGUGGGGUCGCUUUCUACUACCUAGGACCACCUACCCGUGUUUGUCUGGACUCUGCAUGUCUGCAGAAAUCAUGCACAAGCUACAAUGCGCAACUGUUAUGGGAGCAAGAGCUUGUUGAGUCUCUCACCUUUCCAGUCACCAUUUUUACACAAGACUUUGGUCCAAUUCCUGGGUUUGCAACAUCUAUGCAUUGUCGCUGCUGCAAGACACAAUACUAUGCUAAUUAUUAUAUUCAUACCAAUGCAUCCUGGUGCACAUACUACAUGGGCUCAUUUGAAUUCAUACAUAUUGCUCAACAUGUGUUUAUUGAAAUGAGAACUUGCAAGCUGUUUUCCACAAUGAUGCUUACAUCGUGGUACAAUUUCAAAAUUUUCUAUUAUUCAUACUUCCCUCAAGACAAUGAUAGGACAUCCACAACAAAUUGUGCUCGCAUCUACAAUGAAGGUCUGGCUAUUAGUUCCAUAACACCACAUCUUCCUGCUGCAUAUUCAAAGAGUCUCAUUCUGGACACUGAGGAUGUGUGGAGUUCCCUUUUUCUCUAUUGGCUGCUUCAAGAUUGCAAGGAGCAACAAAUUGUUCUUGAACUGGAGCAUGACUCACCAUCUCAGGUGAAGUGUCUUCAACCUGCACUUCAUUUACGGAACUGUCAUAUGGUUGGUACUGGUCAAGAAGAAUGGAACCAUGCAUGUGACUUGUGUUGCUGGAUUGACACAAAAGCCGACGGAACACAGACCUUCCUUCGUUCUGUUGUCACUGAUGGUGUAAUGAUCGGCCAUCCUUGCUGUGGGGAACAUGACUGUACCACACCCUUGGUUUCCAUCAAGGACUGUUUUUGUCCAGAACAUCAGCACCUCAACUUCAUUUGCUCUGUGACAACAUGUUCUUACCCUGUCGAGCCUGGGUUUUUGACUUUUUCUCUACCAGAACAUCGAAAAAUUCAGUCUUACAAUGAAUUUCAGUACAAAGCGAUGUUUCAACUCAAGGAUCACCUUACCGACCUCAAAAUUUCUCAGCCCGUUGAUUCUAUUCCAAGCCCAGCCAAUAUUGAGGAAGGUGUUUCAGAAUUUGAUGAUCUUGAUUCUUCGUUGGUUGACACCAGUGGUACUUGUAACAGCAAAGCUGAGCAGGGUAAUCAAAUGGUCAAAGCUCAGUUAGGACACAAACACACACACAAUGAAGAACUUUGUGUAGCUUCUUGUGGUGUUAUCCUUGGCCGUGCAACUUUUUAUGGAUCUGAAGCACCCAAUGGUGUUCGUACAUUUUGGAUGAAACUAUUUCCUAUGAAGGCCUCCCUUCCCAGAGUUAUGUGGCACAACAAUAAUUGCUGCAUCAGGGCCAUGCUUGAGAAUGACUCAGACCCUUUUCUCAAGCAUUAUUUUGAUGACUGUGCCCUCCCAGUCGACGUCUUCCAUUUCAAGUGCAAACACAAGGUAUCAGAUGUAGAUUGCGGCAGAUAUUGUAACCCCGCAAUUUGGCCUGAGCUCCAUAUCAAUGAUCAAGAAUGGUGCUUCAACUCGUCAGUGGCUGAACAAGCCAAUGCUUGGAUUGGUGGAUACCAGGCAAUUGUCAGGGAGAUGCAAGUUGACCAGUUUGAAUUUUUUUUAGAUGAAAUGAUAAAGCGGCACAACCAAAUUUUGGUUAAGGACCUGCGGAGAAGGCUGAAAGCACCAUAUAGUAUACCAUGUCAUAUUUUACUAUGCCCUGAUCACCUGCAGUAG